CGGAUUAACGAAAAAGAGAGGAAAGUCCAAAAUCCCCAAAUUAGGGCUUUGUCUCCCCAAUUCUCCCUGCUGCAGCCCGUUCCUUCAAAUCUGAGCCUCCCCACUCUGCCAUCUGCCAGUUCCCCUUCCUGCGUCGCUCACCGCCAGUUCAUCGUGGCCGAGGGUAACCUCCAGUAUGCUUCUGUUUCUGUAGCUCGCACCAGUCGCGCCGUCUCUUUGUUGUCUCUCACUCUCUUGUCCCCCGUCAACCCCUGCCUCCCCGCCCCGUCGUAUUCCAGCAUCCGCGUCUUCUAUUCCUCGCCCAUUGUUCGAUGCCUGGCUCUCAGAUAGUGGCCGAUAUCCACCUGACAGGGGGCAUCAUCUUGUAGCUGACAUGGCGGCAGCUCGUGAAGUUUUGGUCAGUGCAGCAAAGAAAUUCUUUGUGUUGGGGCUUAUUGGAGUUCCAAUCACAGACAGAUUCGCUAGCGUUGUCCCAGUUCGUGGUCGAUCCAUGUCGCCGACGUUUAAUCCGGAAACCAAUCCCCUCUUUGACGACCGAGUGAUGGUAGAGAAGUUAUGCCUCCGGCGGUACAAUUUUUCCCGCGGCGACGUGGUUGUUUUCCGUUCUCCAGUUGAUCACAAGGAGAAACUGGUAAAGAGGAUAAUAGGGUUACCUGGUGAUUGGGUUGGAACUCCACAUACAUAUGAUGUGGUCAAGGUUCCAGAAGGCCAUUGCUGGGUUGAGGGAGACAAUGAGAUUCCCAGCAUGGAUUCCCGAUCUUUUGGCCCGAUUCCAUUGGGACUAGCAAGUGGUCGAGUUGUCCGGAUUGUAUGGCCACCUCAAAGGAUGGGUGAAGUAGAGCAAAAAGUCCCAGAAGGCAGGCUGUGUCCCUCCUGAUGAAACAUCAACAAAAUAGACUCUGCCUCUGUAAGUUGGAGAUGCAGAUAGAUUGUUGAAGGAAGCAUUUUUAUAUUUUGUGGCUCAUUUCAUCAGGCAUUCUUUUGGUUGUUGCAUUACUGCCAUAUGUUGCAGUUUUUAAUCUCUUGAAUCUUGAUUCCACAAUUUUGGCCGUGAAACUUGAGCUAGUGAUAACCUGCUAUCGGAUGAUUAGAGAGAGUUCUUGACAUUCUUCGUACUUUCUUCUACGAAGUAUCAUUGAGGCCAUCAGCCCUUCUCUUUAUGAUGAUCAAUUUGUGCUGUAUUGUUCUAUUACUGGGCAGUCGCGGUAUGUGUCUACGUGUUGUUCCUCCCCCUCUGUAUCUGUGGUGGAUACGGUAGGGUGCAAUGCUGAUGCUCGUAGUAUCAGUAAUUGCUGCUGGUUUUUCCCGCUGAUAAGGAGUUUUUGAAGUAGAGAUGGAUAUUGUGCUUUGAUUUGUUUGGCAAUGAUCUGGUUUAGUUUCAUUACCAUUUCCACUUGCAUAAGAUCAAUCGAAAUUAGAUUGAUUUCAAGUUGCUAGCUAGAUUAAAAGAAGGCUUAUUCAUGCCGAAUAAAUGAGCUGAACUCGCAUUACAGAAAGAAAGGAACAGAAACCUAAACUGAGAAGGCGAGAGGACUCCUAAGAGUGUAAGAUAACUAAGAAGAGUCCUGUAACAUGGGUUGCUUGUUGAUCACGUCAUGUUUCAUUCGACAUGGAAUUAAAUAUCAUCAUUCAAGGAAUAUUGCUAGUGUUCCUCUUAUGUUAAGAUUACAUUGAGUCGCAUAUAGAAAACAAUAACAUAUAAUUUAUUUCUUAAAGAGAUUUGAAAGUGUUAAAGCUUCAAAUUCGAAUUGAGUAGUUCCCUUGUAAAAAAUAAAGUUCUUUCACCUUCUCCAGUGGCCAUGGAUCUAAUGCAUAAUUGACCACUUUGCUGAGUGCUGACUAAGGUUCAAAGAAAAAAUAUAUGGGUGAAUUUUUA